AUGGUAGGGAAAGCAAAGUGCACAUGGCAUGCUGUAAUUGAUCUGGCUAAUGCAUUCUUUUCAAUAGCAAUUGCCCCUGAAUCCCAGGAUCAAUUUGCAUUCACCUGGGAAGGUAGGCAAUACACCUUCCAGGUUUUACCACGAGGGUAUGUGCACAGCCCCACCCUGUGCCAUGGGGUGGUGGCCAGGGACUUAAAGGAAGUCAUACUGAACUCUACCUUGUUUAUGGCCCAUUAUAUUGAUGAUAUCAUGAUAUCAGGACCUACUGAAGAGGAAGUUCAGCAGGGCUUAACUGUUUUGAGUGACCACAUGAAAGCCCGAGGUUGGGAGAUUAAUCCAAAAAAGGUUCAAGGACCAGCACGACAAGUGCAGUUCCUAGGAGUGAUUUGGGCAGGACCUGUACGACAUAUUCCUGAGAAAGCCCUCAAUGUAAUUGCCACCUUGCAGGCUCCGCGCUCUAAAGAAGACGCUCAACGGCUGGUGGGGUUGAUGGGUUUUUGGAGGCAGCAUAUUCCCCAUUUGGCACAGAUACUGAUGCCAAUUUACAAUGUAACAAGGAAAAAGGCCCACUUUGAAUGGGGGCAGCUGCAAGGAAAAGCCUUAGCUGACACCAAAGCCGCAGUAGCGACUGCCAUGCCGUUGGGACCCUAUAAGGAAGGGCAACCUUUUGAAUUGCAAGUGUCAACAAAUAAGGAAAUUGCUCUCUGGAGUUUGUGGCAAAGGGGCCAGACAGGGAAGUGGGUUCCUCUGGGAUUCUGGUCCAGGAAAUUGCCCACUGCAUCAUAUACUCCUUUUGAAAAACAGCUUCUUGCCUGUUAUUGGUCUUUAGUAGACACCGAACGCUUAACUGGGCAAGACCCAGUGGUGCUGAGACCUGCUAUUCCAAUCAUGGCAUGGGUUCAGGAUGAAUCUGUGAGCCCCAGAGUAGGGCGAGCCCAGCAGUCUUCAAUUGUUAAGUGGAAGUGGUACAUUGCUGAUAGAGCAAGGGCAGGGCCUCAGGGAGUCAGUGCAUUACAGGAGCAGGUGCUAGCACUGACGCGUACAGGAGAAGAGGUGCAGGAGAGUUUUAUUGUCGGACUGGGUAAAUCCCCAGCGACGGAGGCACCCCCAUACGAGCAGGUUACUCACCGGGAAACCUGGUUCACAGAUGGGAUGGCUUCUGCAUUCAUAACAAGCCUUUAUGGGGCCAAGAGCUUUGGAAGCAGUUGGAUCAGUUACUUCCACGAAUACAGGUGCAUGUUGGCCAUGUGGAUAGCCAUGUAUCCGGGACGCCUGAGGCCUUGUAUAACCAAGCAGCAGAUCACCUGGCUAACUGGUGAUCCUGGCUCGAUGGGCUCAUGA